GUUCGCAACAAGGUUUUCUAAACAUCCUUGCUCGGUUCCUUUGCUAGGCGAUCGUCAUACUUGUCGCGAGUCAGCCCCACUAUAUUAAACAUUAAUUUAUGUGGACUAAUUUACGGGUAGCAGCUUCCUUGCUCAUUGACAGCUAUAGCUAUCACGUGAGCGUACACCGCUUCUGUUGGAAGUCAUUAUCCAGUCUUGCUGUCGUUGUGUUGUGCUACAGUCGCUGUUCAGCAUUCGUAGUAGGAAACUCCAUCAGCAUGAAGCCAGCGUUUCAGCGGGACGGGUCUACAUGCUCAAUUCCGACCCUGGCCAAGUCUUUCUCCUGGCCUCUGCUCUGCUGUCUGACAACACACGAAAAUCGCUACUCCUUUAGUCACGCUGAUGCCAAUACCGACCAUUCAACCUCUUUCAUCUACGAAGCCUGCAUGAGAGCGGAGCUACUCGAGUACAAAACGCGCAGCACUUCGCCGAUGGAGCCACUAAUGUUCCCGUGCUCGUGCUACCAGACCCGUCUUGCCCUCUCGAUUCGGGAUCCCAAAGCACCCUUUCCACACUUUCUCAUACUCGACCAUCACUGGGUUAAUCGCGCUUAGCGAGGUAGAUUAUACGCGGCUGAUGAGAUGGAGAGUCGUUGGGUCAGCCUCCCUUCGCGGGCCUCGAAUUGGUUUCAUAGCCACACUGUACCCGGGUACGAUGAUCGCUACGACUAAUAUGUGUGCCUUUAUUGUUGCUUGUGGACCGCUUAAGAAGGAACCUGUGAGUCGUUUGUUGCUUCCUCCAGUGUUUGCUGUUGUACAGUCGCCAUGGAGUCUCCUGUGCA